AUGCUAACAAGGGAAAAUUUAUCACAUGAAGUAGCGCAACGAGUAGCUCGUGAGCUCCGUAAACUUGUCAUGCAGCCAUUAGAUGGCAUUCGGUACCUUCCACAUGACAAAGAGCAGCUAAGCGAAAUUUACGCGGAAAUUCGUGGACCGGAGGAUACGCCAUACCAAGGAGGUUUCUUUAAACUUCGGCUCACACUUGCCGAGAAUUUUCCCCAACAGCCGCCACGCGGCGUAUUUUUAACAAAAAUAUUCCAUCCCAAUGUUUCCCAGCCAGCGGGCGACAUUUGCGUCAACACACUGAAAAAGGACUGGAAGGCAUCCCUUGGUCUGGCCCAUGUGCUGCAAGUGAUUCGGUGUUUACUGAUCGUACCAUUUCCGGAAUCGUCACUUAAUGAGGAGGCGGGAAAGUUAUUUUUGGACAGUUAUGAUGAGUAUGCACGUCGUGCCAAGCUAUGGACAAGCAUUCACGCUCCAAAACGAUCCGCUUUGGAUAAGGAGAUGAAUGAGACGAGUAAAGAAGAGAGUUUUGACAACGAUCAAAACAGUAACAACAAUGAACUCAAACGAUCUGCAGACCAAAGCGUUAAUUUAACCAGCAAAAAGGAAAUUACGCUGUCGACGCCUAUGAAGAAAAUGAAGAUACAGAGUAAUGUGGAAAAUUCGCUACGAAAGAUGGUCAAGAAGAAAGCAGUCAAGCGUUUGUAA